UGGAUGAGAUUUAUCGUGAGUAUCAUUUGACAGCACUAAAUAUAUAUUUGUUGUAUUCAUGUAAUCAUACCUUUAGUUUUGACUUGCAAUUUUGUGUUACAGUCUGUAAAGACGAGGAGGGAUAUUUAUCCUCUCAAUUACUGGGGAUCAGCUCUGACGAAGCUGGGUAAAAAUACUCUGACAUGCUGCUUUGGCUCAGCAGGUAGUGAGAACCCAGGUUUCAUGCAGUAAACAGGUCACCUACAGUUUGACUCGAAGUAAUUUCAUGUGAUUCAUGUAUGUAUAUUACACGCUCAAUCAAACUUGUUUGAUUGAGCGACGUUAACUUAUCGCGUAUGAUGGUUUAGCUUAUCAGGCUACUUAAGUGAUAGCCUGCUGUUGGCUUGAUUAGUAUUAGAGAAGAACGGGGAGAUUUUAUAAAGUGGCUUUAGUAGACAGAAUGUGGAAGAGUAUAUGUAUAUAAGAGAGAUAAAACAGAAGUGCAUUAGGCACAAGAAGUAUCAUUUCAGAAUGACACUUUUGGUUGUACUUAUCAACAGUCACGAUUUCUUUGACAGACUAUUGCAUUUUAACCAUUAAAAUAACAGAUUAACAAAUUAUAAAUGAUUGUAUGUAGUUGUACAGGCUUUAUCGUGUUCUAAUAGCUCCACAAAAUUGUUAAAUGCGGCAGAUGACAUUUUGAAAAUAUAAUUGUGUGAUUUCCACCGUACCAUGUGGAAUUUGAUGCAGACACACUAUGGCUGUGGCUGGUUGAGGCCUGAGGAGCCUUACCAUGAAUUUAAGUCUAGAGACUCAACAUCACUCAGACUUGUUAGCAAAACAGGCCAUGAUGACUCACGCACCCCUGCAGCACAAGUGAAAGAAGGCUGUUAUUGAAAAUUUGGAGAGUUAUAAAAUUACCUUUUCUUAACCGUCUCAGGGCAGCAACAGAAGAAAGACAUUAGCAAAGGUUUUUGGGUUUGUAUUAGAGAUGAACAUGGUGAAUCUACUCAAACUCUUGAGUACAUAGGGCAGUCAUUUUAAUGUGGAUUGUAGGUGAAAGUGAUUCUACAUAUGUAUCAGACAAACAUCUUUGGCAUCCCACUCACUAGCCAACUCAUAAAACCCUCAGAAAGCACGUCUCUUUGCUUUUCUUGCUGAAUACUGUAACUAUCGCAAUAAGCACACACCAGUGUUUUUGUUAGCUUGACCUUGUGUAGUUUUUGCUUUGUUGAAUUAGUCCAAAAGAUACCACUGAAAUUACUAUAGAACACCAAAUUACUAAUAAUGCUCAUGCUUGAUGCUUGAAAUUCUUUAAAUGUGAUGUUUUAAAUCAUUUCAUCAUCAAUCAUUGCUGUUAAUUCUACACACUUAAGUACUCGUGCCCAACCUCAGUUUGCCUGUUCUAAAUCGUCUGCUUAUUUAUUGCACCCCACCAGUUGGACUAGCACUGGAUUCAUAUAUUUUCAAAGCUUUAAAUCUGAACACCCACCACUUUUGCUUGAGCAUCAAAAAUGUCUAAAUUUCAGUCACAGUGAGGGCCAGUUGCUCCCUCUAGUGGUUAUUUAUAAUCAGUAACACUUUCAGCAGCCAGCACUUUACACUUAUUAGGUUAUACGUAAGUUUACUCAUCUUACAGUACUCAUCUUUUCUGUAAGUGGUUCUUGAAAUAGGUGUCAUGAACUAAAAAUAAAUAGUUUUUGUGCAUCAUGUUUUAAUCUGUUAAUGUAUAUUUUAUAAAUAUGCCAUUUAGUAUUAUUUUUUUCAUAUUGUAAAUAGGCUAGAUACAACGUAUGUUUCUGUUAAUUAACACGAAUUAACAUUAAUAGAACUUGUAAUGAUUACAGUAAUCAGUAGAAAUUAACAUCUACCUAUCUAUUGUAAAUGCUUAAUUGAACUGCGUGUUUAAUUUGUAAACGACUCUGGUAUUCUUUAGACAAAUAUGACAAAGAGGAAAAUAUUUGAGAAAAUAUGAAUCUUUUAGAUUGGGUGAGAAUAUUUAGAAGGCUUGUCCUGAUUGAGUCCUGGGACAGUUGGCGCCAUCUUCGGGAAAGUUUACGUAAUAAAAUGGGAAAACCAGAGGUUUCCAAUAUUUGCCUUUAGCAAAAAGCAUACUUCAAAAGGGUGUUUCCUGUACUUCCACCAGAGCGAUAAAUCAUUGUUUUAUAACAGCCAAAUACAUUUACCUCGUGUUUAAAAUUAAUUUACGCACGUAUGUUAAGUUAAUGUACACUUUCGCUUUAAAUCAUACAAUAUUUUACAGUCCACAUUAAAUAUGACUGCAGGCGCUUGAGAGAUACACAAGAAUGUCGCUUUGCCCAAUCGCAGCGCAGAAUAUAAUCACUGACAAGCCGUUCGUCCAAUGAAAUUCAAGCGUGGGCGGGGUUUGCACGAAGUUCGGGACAGUGAGCUACACUCAGCUUGCCUUACUCGACUUCACGGCAGCGUAAUGAUCGAGCGACAAAACCGUUGAUUAAUUCACUCGCGUGAGUGCAAAUAAAGCAGCAGAUAAAGUGUCACGUUUUUAAAAAGAAAAACAUAAAAAACGUUACUUUAGCGUCCAUCGAAGGAAUAUACGCGUACACUGACGUCCAUUCGACUAGUCAAAGUGUUACAAUUGGGGAGUUCUCCACUCAAAAUGUUUAUUGCCCGACGACGUUUCCUUUGCGCGUGUACGGCAGUUGCGGUGGUUUCAACCGGACGAAUCGGUCUGACGGAUACUAGAAGAUCUGAAAGAAAUGUUCUUGUUUUAUAAUGCGUCCUGGAGUCUAUUGAAUAACUGGCUGACGUGGGGAUCACGCAGGGGGGCUGGCCGAAAAAGGAGAGACACAGGCGGGCAGAGGGGCUGCGACGCCGCGCGUCUGGGAUUACAGUAAACACAAUUUGUUUCUUAAAUAUCCUAAUAGGCUCUGGCGAGAUAAUGCAAUCGCAGGCACACAAAACGCGAAGGAAACUAUGUAGUGUGUCUUCUUUUAGGGGUUCUGGUACGCUCAGACUGACCACUUACCUAUAAGUCCAUGGAUGUUUACGUUGGAAGUUUGUAAAGUUUGUAAAGGCCGUCAAUCACUGCUGUAUGAACUUUGUUUUUUAAUAUCUGCUGCAUGUUAUGAGCACCGUCUAAGAUGGUUGAGAACAGAUGCUUUGUUCAGAGAGAGGAGGUUUACCGAUGGUUCUCAGUGUUGAGCUCGGCUCAGAGGGCUGAGUUUCUCUGCGGCCUUUUGGACCUCUGCGUUCCCAUUGAGCUGCGCUUCCUCGGCUCGUGUUUGGAAGACCUUGCGCGAAAAGACUACCACUCACUGAGGGACGCAGAAAUCAAAGCCAACAACCCGGCUGACCUCGCUAACCUGACCAACAUCACGGACGAGGUCGUGAGGAGCAAGCUGCUCGUCUCCCUGGCGCUCCUCAGCUCGGACAACCGCGUUGCGGCGGGAGUUUUGUUUCGGACCCUCACUCACAUAGACACCAUCAUUAACAACUACGGACUUCAGCUUAAUGAUGGCCAGACGGGAGAGCAGUUUUUGCUCCUCUUCACGAUGGCUUCGAACCACCCCGCGUUUAGUUUUCAUCAAAAACAGGUGCUGAGGCAGGAGUUGACGCAGAUCCAGGAGAUCCUUCAGGUGACAGUUGGUGAGGCGCCGUCGACGUCACACGGGGGCGGGGCGAGCGCCGCUGCGCUCCCAAACGUGAGCUCGACCCCGGCCUUCUCCUCGUACGUCACAACAUCCACCUUCAACUCCUGCCAGGGCGGAUGUCCAUGCUGCAAGAACGUGCAGCUCGAGGUCACGGGAGGUCAGACAGAUGAAGGCUUGAGUCCUGAGGUCAUGCUGCCAAGUCCAUCUCUCUUGCGCCAGGAAAUGCCACUCAAAAUGCAUGUCGGAAAACCCAGCAAAGUGUAUGUUGAAAGAAUUGAAUUAAGGGGAGUUACACCCAAAUCAGAAAAACCAACAGAAUACAUGCUGGAGGCCUUGUGGUCCGACUCCACUUUGUCGACUGUCAGCAAAAGCCCUCAGGAAGUGGUGGAGUUCAUCUCCCAGCUCUCUCAGCUCUUUCCAGAAGAAUGUCUAGAAAAACUUCUGCCCCAAAUGCCUGGACUUGAUUCCGCUCAUGAACUGGAUCCUCGAUGCUUGACCUCUCUUUCACCUCAAGUUCUCAAACAUGACAAAGUCCGUUUCUUCUUCAGUACUUCGCCUUCACCUCAGCUCUCUGCCAGCACAAAUCUGGGCUGUCUGCUUCAGUAUAGGGGGGUGAGCAGGCCCAUUUGCGGUGUCGCCAGCAUCCAGCCGGUCUUAAGCGUCCAUGCACCCCUCCCUCAGAGCUCCCCUGCCCACCUGCCCCCUCUCCCUCCUCAGACAGCGGUGGCCAUCCUCCCCGGCGCUGCCGUGCCCCUGGGAGAUGCCAGCCCGCCUCAGACGCACCUCACAAACCCCGCACCCCAGGCCCAGUCCCAGCAGCCCAGCCCGGAGCAGAACGGCAUCCUGGACUGGCUUCGUAAACUACGGUUGCAUAAAUACUAUCCUGUCUUCAAACAGCUAACCAUGGAGGAGUUCCUCGCUCUCACAGAAGAGGAUCUCAACAAGUACGACCUCACUCAGGGGGCCAAGAAGAAACUAAAGACUCAGCUGGAGCUUCAGAAAGAGAAGCUGGAGAAAAGAUACGUGGUGUCUCAGUUUCCUGUUUCCUGUGGUGGGGUUGCCAGAGUGACCCCUUCCAGUCAUGUCGGACCCCUGUCACAUGCACACACUGGAAGUGAGCUACGUGUAGACGUCGAGAACAGCUCGUUGCCCAUUCCACGGGACAGCAGCUCCUCCUCAGGCUAUUCCAGUGCUCCUUCUAGUCCAAUGACCCCGUUAUCACGUGACACUUCUUUUGACCGGGUCAAAGACCUUCACAGACGUUUAGAGUCUGGUUUGGAUCCUGGUGAGAAAGAGCGACCAUGCUUUCUCCUUAAUCCUGCAGUAUCCACAGGACCCAGUCGUCCUACUGCCCAAGUCCUCCCAGUCCAGAAUGAUCCCUCCCUCUGUCCCUCCCAAAUGAAUUUGCCCCCUCCAUCCUUGCCCCUCCUUUCCCCAGGCCGCGUUAUCAACUCUCCCCGCAAGCUUCGUCCACCCCCUCUCUGUUCAGAAGAACGUCCCAAACCAAUUGGGUCUGGGGUCUCCGUGGGUGUUCGGCUUGAUAACAUCUUCCCUGGCUUGAAUCUUGACGGUUCUCCGGGGCACCAGGAUGUGUCAGGGCCCUGUGGGCCCCUCGCAGUUCUUCGCUCCCCUGCAGGUCUCAUGGUGGAGACCAGCACUGCUCUCACCUCCACGUCUAACACCCUCCAUCAUGUUUCCCACCCACCCUUACAUUUACAAGUGUCCUCUUCUGUUCCACGCACAGGAUCGUACCCUUUCUCCACCCCGUCCUCCUGCCCCUCAUCGAGUUCCUCCAGCAGACCCACCUUCUCACCUGUCAGUGGAGUUCCAAUAGCAACAGCCAGCAACGUUCCCAUGGCGGCAGUACCUGGGAACACAUACUGCGUGAACAGUACGCCCACAGUCACGCCCAGUUCUAGCCCAGCCGCCACUGAGAAUAGCGGCUACGCCUCAGUUCAAGCAAACAGCACUAACUCCAGUUCCUCAUUGUGCGUUUGUAGCUCUUGCGGUUGUAGCGGCAACUGUGGCUCAUACGGAGCACUUCCGGCUAGCUACGCCGGAUACUUUCCACAUCCGUUUUCAGGAACGUCUGUAUUCACCUUAGGGCCUUUGCUUCAUUUCAGCCCCCUCCUUACUGGAAGCGGUACCGCCUCGCCCUUUUCUUACCCCCUGGUGGCUCCGCCCAUUUACAACAGCGGCCUAUCACAUGACUCACAACAAAAUCUUGUGCUUCCACCGGUGCAGGGUUUUCUAGGGGGAGGGGGCGGGGUGUACCAGCCCCAUGGAAUGAUGGGAAACGGAAGCUCUGGGCAUAAGAAAACAGGGAAUGUGUCCUGCUAUAACUGUGGGCUGAGUGGGCAUCGAGCACAAGACUGCAAGCAGCCAGCAAUGGACUCUGCUCAACAAGGGACGUUUCGUCUGAAAUAUUCCCCGCAGUCAGACAGCCAGGACUCUGGGGAAUAAAUGGUGUGAAUGAAUGGGUUUGGACCUGCACCUUCCUUGAUGUGAGACUCUGAGCAAAGGUAUUACAGUUUCUCUUUACAGGAGGAUCAAGCGAUGGACUUCCAUCAGUUACGGCUUCCAAUGAAAGCCUUGUGCCAAAGAAUCACUUCACGGUGGCUCUUAGUAAAGGGAAGUUCAAAGAAGAAUUCACUUUUUGUGUUCUUCACACUGUUUGCCUCACUUGAGCACUGUGGAGCAGCCAAUAGUGUGUCAGAUCAUGCUGCACAUGUCAUUGUUGGAAACAAAACGUGGAGAUUUUGUUCGCCAAAUAAUGUGCAAUUAUAGUCACGUCUUUUUGCUCAUGGUGUGACUAGAAGUCCUCCAUUGGGAUUAAGAUACUAGCAAUCAGAAACUGACAACUAUGAAAGCAAAAAGUCGUUUUCAUUGUCAAGAGGUACUUUUUUUUUUAGCUUUUUGACUACAGGAAGUCUUCUUAAUCAUCAAGUGUUAUUCCUGUUUGUUGUAAUCAUGGCGUAUUUGUUAAUAUCUGGGUUUUUUGAAAACGUUUGCUACCUUUUGAAUUAUAUUUUUUUAUUACAUUCUCUUCGUCAAGUGGCGCUCGGAUUAAAUGUUUAUACAAUCAAUGCACUUGAGACCGCUAAAGCUUUUUUGAAUUCACUAGUGUUCUUGAAACUGUACAAAAAAACUUCUGAAUUUGAGUUUUUGAACCGAGAACUGAACACAAGAGGAAACCGUUUUCAGCGUCACACUACAAAGUGAAAAUGUUUCUCAAUUUCAUUAGCCUAAAAUUUUUCCAAAGGGUUAAAAAAGGUCAGGAUUUCACCACAAGGCGCAUUUAGCCAAUAGAUGCCAUUCCGUUGUCAUUGCCAAACAUUUUUGAUAUUUCAAAGCAAAUGGUGAUAUUUGUGUUUAUAAAGCUCUUGCGUCGCUGGCUAUGCAUGUCGCCUGAUUUACUACGUGCUGUAUGUAUUAUGUCUAGUAUUAUCGCAGGAAAGCUUUUGGCUUAAAACGACAAUGCUGACGCAGCCAUUUUGUAUUAUGAGGUGAAUGUUUAUUGAAGUUUGACUGUUGAAUUUUUGUAUAACGUAUCACUUUGACACUUUUAAAAAAAAAAAAAUAUUAAAAAUGUUUUUGAUAAGU